UCUUUCCUAAUCUUUUAACGAGUUUGAAACAUUGUUGAAUAGUAAUCACACAUUACACCUAUUUUAAAUGAGCAUGCUAUUGAAAUGUUAUCCAUACGAUUAUACGUUGAGCAAUUAUUAUCAGUUGAUAAUGCGGCAUUUACCGAAAGAGUUAUUUAUAUCAGUUGAUAAUUAUGUUUUGUGUUGAAAACCAUCAUUUUCGUUUGCAUGAACGGGCUUGGCUUCGGCUUUGAGAAUUGAGAGUGAGAACUGCUGAAUGAAAAAUUCAAGCAUGAAUUUUCAAUCGCCGUUAUGAAUCUUUAUGUAACAGGUUCUCUAUGAAAUGUGCAGCACAUAAUGACCACAACGCGAUUAUCUGUUAACUAAUAAUACGAUUUAUUACACAGUUGGUACCUUGGAACAUAUUUGAAAGCAUGAAUGUCGCUAAAAUAAUAUUAUCGGCGGGUUUGUUGAAACCGAAAUGCAAUUUCAAGAUCUAUAAGAGCAAAAUCUAUUCGAAGAAUGGUUUCGCGACAUCGUCUGUUUUUUGCCAUCCCGUUCAACCAUUCAAAUUAACCGAUAUCGGCGAAGGUAUCAAGGAAGUUACUGUAAAGCAGUGGUUCGUCAAACCGUCUCAAAAUGUUCAACAGUUCGAUGACUUAUGCGAGGUAGAGAGUGAUAAAGCUUCGGUUGUUUUGACCAGCCGGUACGAUGGCGAAGUGAAGAAACUGUAUUACAACGAAGGUGACAUUGCUCCGGUCGGAUCGAUUUUGUUGGAUAUACAAACGUCGGAAGAUGCCGUAAAUAUAGAAAUUACCGAAGAGAAAAAAAUUCAAACCGUUGUUCGAGUCGAAGAAGUCAACAAGAUCGAGACGGUUUCGUUGCCGAAGCCGAGUACCGAUAGAGUGGAAGAAUUCGUUGAUAUUCAAGAACAAGUAUUAGAUGACGUAACCGGUGCUACUAAACCUCUUGCUACGCCUGCUGUUAGACGAAUCGCCAAAGAGUACAACGUCGACAUUAAUAUGUUAAAAGGUACCGGUAAAGGAGGUCGUGUUAGUAAAGAAGACAUACUGAAUUACAUCAACCAACCGCAACCGGCGCAAAACCCUACCGAAAUACGUACCGGUCGUGAAAUUAUCUCGGGGUAUAAAAAGACCAUGGUGAAAACUAUGACCGAAUCUAAUAAGAUUCCAAGUUUGACUUUUUGCGACGAAAUAGACGUCACCGAAUUGCAAUCAAUUCGUAAAAAUAUUCUCGUACCGACGCUGCAAAAAGAAAACAUCAAAAUUACAUUGUUAGCUUUUCUGGUAAAAGCAAUAUCGCUAUCGUUGCAUAAGUAUCCGAUUUUGAAUUCAAUUUUUCACGUGGACAGUAACGAAAUCGAGUAUUUAGAUUACCAUAAUAUCGGCAUAGCGAUAGACACCGAACGUGGAUUAGUCGUACCGAAUAUUAAAAAUGCGCAUAAUCUGAAUAUCAAGUCUGUAGCCAAAGAGAUAGAAAGACUGCAAAUUGCGGCCAUCAAAAACGAACUAACGUUGAAAGAUACAGCCGGCGGUACGUUUACCAUUUCUAAUAUCGGAUCAAUCGGCGGUACGGUCACGAAACCGUUGAUAUUACCACCUCAAGUGGCCAUAGUAGGUGUCGGUCGGAUACAACUAUUGCCCAGGUUCGAUGAAAACGAUCAAAUUAAGAAGGCUUCCGUGAUCAAUGUUAGCUGGGCGGCCGAUCAUAGAAUUAUCGACGGGGGUACCAUUGCCAGAUUUUCCAACUCUGUGAAAGCGUACUUGGAAAAACCAACGCUUUUCAUUGCCGAUGCGUAAUAUCUGGCCGACCGCCGGACCGGAAAUCUCUCUUGGAUGGAUUGCUCGUAUUGAAUAUUGAUAGUGAUUUGUGUAUUAUGUUUAGUUUACGAGACACGAAGUUGACUUGAUAUGCAUUUAUCAUUUAUAUUUUUACUAUGUUUUUUUCUUCAUGUUUUGUAAAGUAGGUAUAUUUAUGUUAUUUGAUUAUUUUUUGUUUCUGUUUUGAAUUCAUUUUGAUAGACUAAAUCGUUACGAAUUGCUUA